AAACCAAAGGCAAUGCGGCGCUGGAGCAACGACCUAACCGGUGAUCAGCGUGUCCCCCGCGCUCGCCGGUCCCUGUCCACCCCUGACAGGUAGCCUGGAUUAUGCACGGGGUCGCAGCAUCAGAGAUCGGGAUAAGAGCGCCCCAAACCCCUCGCUUCGCUAGCAGUGACGACGACGACGCACUGCUGCUAAUGGGGGCUGAUUAGCUGACGCAGCCGCGAGCUACUGGAUGUUGUUAAUCCGCGGGAGCUCGGGCUGAUCGGUGUCGUGUUUUUUUUUUUGAAAUUAAGAUCGGUGUCGUUUCCUGGGACUCCCGGGCGGAAUUUCUAGUGAUCGAAGAGAGAAGGCAAGAAGACAUUGAAGCGCUCCAUUCUGAAAAAGUACGCGUGCCUACGGCAGCCGGCGCGGAUGGAGAGGAGGUUCUGCUUCCGGGUCUGGCGAAUCAACUGCAGUCCUUAUUGAUACCUAGCCCUUUGAUGGCAGCCCCUGGCAAGGAAGUUCUGAGCCUAGCUCAUUCAGAUCUGCUCGUUCAAGAUUUCCCACAUGGAGAAGCUUCAUCGUGCAACGUGCUGCAUCAAAUUGAAGAUUUUCGCGUGGAUCCACUCCUCCUCGACAUUGAAGUCAAUUCAACAAGCCUGCAAGCAAGAUUCAGCUACGCAGAGAAAGGAAAGUGGAAGGAGGAGGAGAAGCAUUCAAACUUUGCUGCAGCUCACGCUCUCGACCGGUCAAAUUCAGGCACCUUCAGCCCGGUGAGCAAUCACUGCUCCUCGACACCAGUAGUCAAGCAACCGUCUACCUCAGCUCCGGUGGCAGACCAUCAAUUCAAGCCUUCGCCUAGUAGGCUGAAAAUUGGUACUGGUGCAAGCACGCCCCAAGAUGUAGCUUCUGAACAUACUGAAGAUGGCAUUGGAGAUGGUUUUGAACCGGUCCGCCCUCGAUACUGGUGGAGAAAGCAAGCAGAAACUUCAAAUCCUCCAAUCCGCCACCAAACGACUCUGGAUGCAGAGAGGAGGAAAUUCAUCAGUCAUGUCAGGGGCAAAUGCCUUAACUGCCUCUCACCUAACCACAGAGUGGCAUCAUGCACAAACCGCACCAAAUGUUGGCGUUGCCUCAAUCAGGACACAGAGCGACAGACUGCCCACGGUUUAAGAAGCUCUCCACUCCCACCACAAGGCAACACUACCAGCCUCCUCAAUUCCAGCCUCAUCCGCCUAGAAACCAAGACCAAGCUUCCGACAAGCGUACCUGCAAGAGGAGCUACCUCGAGGUGGUCAAGGGUGUGGGGGCGCCCAUGGCGUACCCUAGUGACCCGCUUGCGAGGCCGGGGCGUGUACUUCGCGCCGUGGCGGCGACUGGGGUGAUCAGGCGCGAGAGAGAUGAUCUGGUGAGUCGGGCAGCAGUGUGCUUGCUCCCAGGCAACAGUCACGACACAGAGCCACACCAUGUCUCCGACGCCCCUUGCGAUGCAGAUGUGCUUUAGCCGCGGUAGCAUUCAUGUGACGAAGCACUUCCCGGAGCAGUACCUGGUGCUGUUCUCCAACCACCACGACAGGCAGCGUGUGCUGGACCGAACCACCAUCAACAACAGAGGUCGCUGCUUCAGCUUUGCGCCAUGGUCUGAGCAGAGGCAUGGCUCAGUGGUGCGCUGGGAGUUCCGUGUGCGGCUGCGGAUCGAGGGGAGUCCUGUCCAUGCCUGGAAUGAGGGGGUGGCGGCGCUGGUCAUUGGCAGCCAGUGCGCCAUCCACUAUGUCGAGGGGAAGACUCGUCGCCGGGAGCGUACGAGAACGUACGGCCUCUGGGCGUGGUGUGUCAACCCAUCCAACAUCGCCAAAGAGGGAUGGCAUACGGUGACUGAUCCUGACAGGGAGAUGGACGGCAGGCGACAGGAGGUGGAGGUGCACUAUGAGGAACCAAGUGGUUUCAAGUUCGGCAUAACCUACAAGUUGUUCAUCCAUCUGGAUGUGGUGGAGGACCUCUCCUUCAUCCAGGGCCCGGGAGGGGACCCAAACAGGAAGACACGUCGCGUCUUCGACUGGCAAUAUGGCGUUCCAGAUUCCCUUGGCGAGCGGAGGGAGCGACCCAGAGGCCGUCAGGAAGACAGAGGCACCACCCCUAGAAGAAGGGACGAUGACGACAACGAUGACUACCACCGCGGCACUCGCCGCCACCGUAGCAGUCAUGCUUGGGAGAGGGUGUCACGGUGCCGGGGAGCGGUGGAGGACUGCUACUCCACCUCUCGUCACCUGGGACACCGCAGCGGUGGUGUCUACCCACAUCAUAGCAGGCCCUCCCUUGCUGGCUGGGGGAGUGAUGCCUGGGACAGCGGUCUGCGUCGCCUCACCAACACAAGGAAGUUCAUCUACAAGCCCAAGAAGUGCUCCUCCAGCAAGAAGGUCUCCUUUGCAUGCCCUCUAGUUCAGACAAUGGGACAUCCCACCAAGGAGGCCAGGAUCCUGGAGAUGCUCAGCGAGGCAGAGGGACUGCAAGGUGGCUGGCAAGCUUCACUUGUUGCUGCUCAAGAAGAGCCAAUGGAAGCUGAGGCAGAUGUGCUGGAAGAGGGUGAGAUACAGAGGGGAGAAGUGGCAUUGGAGACAGUAGAAGAAGUUCCGUUUGCAGCCAGGAACCCCCUCCCCAGCAAUACUCAGGUUGUCCAGCAGGUUAGUGAAAUAGAAAAUAAAUUAGUUAAUGGUGCUAUUGUUACAACAAGUCCUGAAGAUAAUGAGAUUAAUGACCUGUCUUCUUUUAUUAACUACAUUUCGUGCGCCCUCCUGUUCCUGUACUGCACACACCACCACGUGUUAAUAAUUUGCAACCAGAUGAUGAUCACUCAAGUAGGGUGCAACAUAUCAGCACAGAAACACCAACGGCACAGAGGAAAAGCACCAGGCUAG